AUGUCUUUCUACACCAACAUUUUCAGAGGUCUCUAUCCGCGGUCUUGGACUUGUUACGAUGUUAAAGCCCUCAACAUUAAAGUCAUCAUCCGACAAAUUUCUCCAGUGCUACCAAACAAUUACGAGGACUCAAGUCUUCCGGUGAGCUGUUUUGUUGUGACAGUCCAAAAUGACAGCUCGGAUGAUCUUGAAGUGUCAAUUGCGUUUACCUUCCGUAAUGGUACAGGCAAUCGUCGGUGGGAGAAUGAGUCCGAGUGCACAUUUGCGAGAUUUACCGAUGGCAAUGUGUCUGGUGUGACAUUAGCUCAUACAAUUUCCCAACUACCUUGCACAUAUGGUCUAGCGACGUCAUCUGAUCCAUCUUCUUCGAGUCAGAUCUCGAUCUGUCAUAGGUUUGAUCCAUCGAAAUCAGGCAGCGCUGUGUGGGCAUCGUUGCUUGAAACUGGCGAUUUACCAGUCCAAGAUAACGAGUAUUCCUCGAGCUGUUCUGAAUUAGCCGUAGGUGUCUGUAAUCGCUUCCGUGUGGCAGCUAAUAGCUCUCAAUCAAGAGAUUUUGCCUUGUCUUGGGACAUGCCAGAUGUUACAUUCGGUGCUUCCGGGCGAUGGUAUAAGAGGCGUUAUACCCGAUUUGUCCGAGGCGCUUCUUGCUUAUGUGCUCGUGCAAUACGACGCCGAGUGGAGUGGGAACAUGCUUUGGAUGAAUGGCAGAAUCCCAUUUUGGAGCAUCCUUUGCUUCCGGAAUGGUAUAAGUCGGCCAUAUUCAACGAGCUGUACUUUAUGACUGAUGGAGGAUCGUUGUGGUUUGAAUUUGACGAUAACUGGUCCAAGAUUGAAACUCACUUGAGUGAUUACACGACGAAUCUUAUGCGAAAAUACGGCCGGUUUGGAUAUUUGGAGUCUUGGGAAUAUCGCAUGGUGAAUACCUACGAUGUCCACUUCUAUGCUUCUUUUGCACUGGCUCAGUUGUGGCCGAAUAUCGAGCUAACUGUCCAGGCAGAGUUUACCGAUCAUAUUGAACACUCGGUGGACACUAACAUCACAUUCCAUAUGGAAGGCGACGUAGCACGGUUGAAAACUAGCAGUCGUGUACCACAUGAUUUAGGAAAUCCAGCUGAUGAGCCAUGGCUAUGUACAAAUGCUUAUGUAAUGCAUGAUACGGGAAAAUGGAAGGAUCUCAAUCUAAAGUAUGUGCUCACAUCGUGGCGUGACCAUGUUGCAUUACCUCGGUUGCCGGGAGAUAACUCGUUCCUCGAACACGCUUGGCCUGCAGUACAGAAAUUGAUGUCGGAAGCGCUUCAAGAGUGGGAUAAAGACUCUGAUGGAAUGAUCGAGAAUUUCGGGAAAGCCGACCAAACUUACGACGCGUGGCGAAUGGAGGGCGUAAGCGCUUACUGUGGUUCUCUAUGGUUGGCCUCUCUUCGCGUUGCGGCUGAAAUGGCUCGUACUCUUGGCUAUGCCGAGAGCGAAAAACUUUACAUGACAACACUGGGCAGAGCGAAGAAGGUAUUCAUCGAAAAGUUGUGGACGGGAUCGUAUUUUCGGUUCUGUGAGAGAUCUCGAAGUCGGGAAUCCAUUAUGGCAGACCAGUUGUGUGGCGUGUGGUUCUUGCAAUCGGUCUCACCUCAUCUAGCAGCCGAUGUGCUACCAGAUCAUAUGGUGCGCAUGGCUCUAAAAACAAUUUACGAUUAUAAUGUGUGCCGAUUUGCCGGUGGAAAAAUGGGAGCUGUGAAUGGAAUGCGACCUGAUGGGCGUGUCGAUAGGGAGUACAUUCAGGUAGGGAUCAUUUGA